AGAAAGUGGGGUCUCCUGCAAGUGGGGUGGGGGAGGCGCCUCUCCAAGCUCCAAGCCGGCGAGACACAGGCGAGGGCUGGCAGCGGCCACAUCUGCACUGGGGCCGGUGCGCAUCUGCACAAGAAAGAGCUGCCGGCCAGGGUCCCCGCCACGCAGCCUGCCGCCCCCACCCCCAUCAGCGCGCGCGCGCCCAGCCCCGCUGGCUGGCAGACACGCGCUCGCUCUGCCUACCCUGACUGGCCCCCACGCUGCCACCCCCGAUUCCCUGAAGGUCCCGCAUCCGGAAACCUGGCGUUCCGGUGUGCACUAUGCCGGCUCUGCUGCUGCUCGGGACCGUCGCGCUGCUAGCCUCCGCCGCGGACCCGGCGGGGGCGCGCCCAUCCAACGAUACAAGCGCAGUGGCCCCGGGCCCGCUGCCCGCUCUACUCGCGCACCUGCGGCGCCUGACGGGGGCUCUGGCGGGCGGCGGGAGCGCGACAGGUACCAGCGCCAACGCCACCAAGACCAGCCCCGCAGGUGGCACGGGCGCAGCGGCACGGGCGCCCCCUCCGGCCGAGCUCUGCCAUGGCUACUACGAUGUCAUGGGCCAGUACGACGCCACUUUCAACUGCAGCACCGGCUCCUACCGCUUCUGCUGUGGUACCUGCCACUACCGUUUCUGCUGUGAGCACCGCCACAUGCGCCUGGCGCAGGCCUCCUGUUCCAACUACGACUCGCCACGUUGGGCCACCACGCCCCCGCCGCUGGCUGGAGGCGCCGGGGGCGCUGGGGGUGCGGGUGGGGGACCAGGGCCGGGCCAAGCAGGGUGGCUGGAAGGGGGCCGGGCCGGGGGCGCUGGGGGACGUGGGGGAGAGGGCCCAGGGGGCAGCACAGCCUACGUGGUGUGCGGAGUCAUCAGUUUCGCCCUGGCGGUGGGCGUCGGUGCCAAAGUGGCCUUCAGCAAGGCGUCACGCGCACCCAGGGCGCACCGGGAGAUCAACGUGCCCAGAGCUCUGGUGGAUAUUCUCAGGCAUCAAGCAGGACCUGCAACCCGCCCGGACCGGGCCAGAAGCAGUUCUCUGACCCCAGGUCUGGGAGGCCCAGACAGCAUGCCCCCAAGGACGCCCAAGAACCUUUACAACACCAUGAAGCCCUCCAACCUCGAUAACCUGCACUACAACGUCAACAGCCCCAAGCACCACGCCGCCACACUGGACUGGCGUGCUAUGCCACCGCCCAGCCCCUCCCUGCACUACUCCACGCUGUCCUGCUCUCGAUCCUUCCACAACCUCUCUCAUCUUCCCCCAUCCUAUGAGGCUGCUGUGAAAUCAGAACUGAAUCGAUACUCUUCCCUCAAGAGACUGGCUGAGAAAGAUCUGGAUGAAGCCUACCUGAAGCGCAGACAGCUGGAGAUGCCACGUGGAACGCUACCCUUGCAUGCACUACGGCGGCCUGGCACUGGCGGUGGCUACCGCAUGGAUGGCUGGGGCGGCCCUGAGGAGCUGGGCCUGGCACCGGCACCCAAUCCCCGACGGGUUAUGUCCCAGGAGCACCUGCUGGGCGAUGGUGGCCGAGCUUCCCGCUAUGAGUUCACAUUGCCUCGAGCGCGCUUGGUGUCUCAGGAACACCUGCUGCUGUCCUCACCCGAGGCGCUUCGCCAGAGUCGUGAGCACCUGCUGUCACCCCCACGAAGUCCUGCACUGCCCCCAGAUCCCACCACCCGGGCCAGCCUGGCUGCCUCACACUCCAACCUGCUGCUGGGGCCUGGGGGCCCCCCCACACCCCUGCAUGGGUUGCCUCCAUCAGGCCUGCAUGCCCACCAUCACCACGCCCUUCAUGGCUCUCCUCAGCCAGCCUGGAUGUCUGAUGCGGGCGGGGGUGGGGGCACACUGGCCCGCAGGCCACCCUUCCAGCGCCAGGGCACCCUGGAGCAGCUGCAGUUCAUCCCUGGGCACCACUUGCCCCAGCACCUGCGCACUGCCAGCAAGAACGAAGUGACUGUCUGAGGCCGGGUGGAGUGCUGGGGGCUGCGGCUUCUGAGGCCCCCUUCUCCCAGCCCAGAUCUCAUCACAGGCUUAUCAUACACACCAAGAGUCUGAGGCCAGAUGGGCCCUUGGACAGGAGACCACGCCUCCUUUUGGGAUGUUACAGUAGAUGAGAUCUCUCCUCCUACGUUGUCACUGUUUGAACCAAGGCCUCCCUCCCAUGAUGUCAUCCCAGAGGAAGGAGGCCUGUACAUGAGGUCAUUGCUAGCAAAUAUGUCUGUGUUUUAUGAUGUUGUUUUCAGGGACUAAACCUCCUUCCUAUGAGUCACCACAGAGGAAGAGCCCUGCCUAUGAGGUCAUCACUAAAGGCUUGUCCAUUUUGCAUGACAUCACCACAGAAACUCCUUUCCUGUGAUGUCACUAUAGACAAUGCCUUGCCCCAUCCCAUCAUCCCUAGAAACAAAAGUUUCUUCCUGCAGUGUCACUACAGAGACAAGCCUCACAAUUCUUGAGACUUGUUGACAUCAUCCUGACUGAACACCAAGGCCUCUUGCAAUUAUCAUCACAGGAAAAAUGUUUCUCUGCCAUGGAGAAGAUGGAUGCCUCCGUUCCAUGAUCCCACCACUACAGAAAAGCCAUUUUCCUGGGACACAUCACAGUGGACCACGCCCUGCCAAUUAUGUCCUCACUAAUGAUUAGGCCUCCUUUCCACAAUACUGUCACAGGACUUUGCCUCCCUCCUGUGACGCCAUCACCAGAACAGGUGCCUUGCCCAAUGGCGCCAUCACAGGGACUGUGCCUCUUCAUGUGAUGUCAUUACCAGAAAUGACUAGCUGUUCCUGGGACCUCUCCAGGGUGAGGCCCUUCUGUGGUGUGGCCACCAGUUGCCACCCACUUGGAAAUGACACCAGGAGACACCUCUAUUGCUGUGCCAUGUCAUGAGAAAGUUGGGCACGUGUAGCCCAAGGCCACCUGGGAAGAGGCCAGAGAAAGUACCCUGUCCUGAGAUGUGAUGUGAGGGUGUCAGCACUAGGAAUGCUGAGAGAUCUCUCUGUAGGAUGCUGGUGAUGAUGCCCUCCAUUGCCUGGACAUCAUCAUAGAGUGUUUCCUUCUCAGAGGUGGUCCCCACUCUAGAUGACCAAUAGUAGUGACUGCAUAAUGAUUGCAUCAUCAGAGUCCUUAUCUUACUUCCCUAUAGCUAAGCUCCAUGGCUUCUUUCUUCCCAUGACCCCAGGGCCAUACCCAACAGGAUGUCUACUAGCCCCUGUAAUGAAAGGCUGGGCCUGUGCAGUGAGUCCUUGGGGGUGACACCCAUGGAUGAGCUUCAGCUCCAAAGCCACUUUGAUCCAUAGGCUUCUAAAGUCCUAGGACUCAUAGGUGAGCCAAAGGCUGGCAUCACUUCUUUCUGCCAUAUCUAAAGACAUCAACUCUCUCAACAGAGUCCCCAUCUCUAUUGGAGGGGAGGGUUAGGGUAUAUGUGCUGCUGACCUUGCCAAUGACAUCAUCAAUGCCACCCAGUGUCCUCCUUUCAUGAUGGCAUAGCAGUCGGGGUCCAGUGUUGACUGUGUCAUUUCCCAGAAUUCCAUAAGACUCACAUCAAUUACCAUAUCAUCUUCCAGGCAUUAUCACCAUGGUGCCAUCACUUCCAAGCAGCCAUAAUAGCCAGUGGUGUCUUCAUUUCCCAGGACCCACUUUAACCCCAGUGUCUCCAUGGCAUCAUCAUUGCCUCCUAAGAUUCCUCCCAACCAUGGUGUCAUUUCCCAGGGUCCAAACAACACGUCAUCAUGAUAUCCCAGGAUCCACCACAAACAUGUCCUCAUUGCUUCCCAGAAUCUUUCACAACAUGCUCACCUCAUCACCUCCCAGCAAUCACAACCAUACAUACAGUCCUCACCAUCUCCCAGGAUCCACCAGAACCAUGCUGCCCUCAUCUCUCGGGAACCAGUACAACCAUGGUGUCCUUGUCUCCCAGGCUGUGCCAUGGACAAUGAUGUCCUUACUUUCCAAAAAUCCAUUCUGCCUCCUGGUGGCACUCUCUACCAGGACUUGUUAGGACCGAUAGAGCCAGUGUUUCUUGUGAUUCCUUAUAACUGCAGUGUCACCUUCCAGGAUCCACUUUAACCAUGUCUUCAUGUCUCAGUAGCCACCACAGCUAUGAUGUCACCACUUCAUAAAAUCCACUCCAACUGUGGUGUCCCUGGAUUUUUGCGACCAUGUAUCAUCAGAUCCCAGGAUCCACCUAAUAAUGUCACAAGUAUCAUAUACAAUGAGAAUCCAUGAAAGCCACCAUUCUGUCACCGCCCUGGAUCCAUCAGUCAUGUCCUAUCACAACUCAUCGGGACUUGCUGUAACCAUGGUGCCAUCACUUCCAAGCAGCCAUAAUAGCCAGUGGUGUCUUCAUUUCCCAGGACCCACUUUAACCCCAGUGUCUCCAUGACUUAAGGUCUCUGAAAUCCAGUGAUAUCAUUAUCUCUGGAGUCUACCAUAACAACGGUUGUCAUCACCUCCCUGGACCCAUGACAGCCAAUAAUGUCAUCAUUUUCCAGAGUGCACUUCAGCCAUGGUGCCAUCAUCCUCUCCCAGAAUCCAUGUAAAAUUGUGUGCCCUCAUCUUCCAGGACCCAUGGCAAUUGUGUGCCAUCUGCCAGGAUCCAAAUGCUGUGACAGGCUACAUUUCAGUUGUCCUCUGGGGUCUCAUGGCAUUUACAGUUCCUCCCUUCAGGGGAACUAGCACAACAGGCCACUUCCCAUUCCCUGCAAUGGACUAGGGUGGACCCAGCUGUCUCUCCCUCUGAUAAUGUCACCCCACUCUGGCCCUUCUUAAUGUGUCACUGCCUCACUCCUGAUCUGGAUAGAUACCUGGAUCAGCUUCACCUACAGACUUGGCCUUGGCAGCCUCCUUCCACUCACUGGUGAGUGCAUCCAAGCUCUUCUUGGAUUACUACUGUCCCUUGACCAGCCAUCUGAUCGGUGACAGGGUCAUCUCGGUGACCUCUCCACAGCAGCAGCAGAGAGGGAGCUUCCCAGCCCUUAGAUGGCAUCACUGCCCUACUCCACUCCAUCCCUGUUACUUGGUCCCAACGAGGAUCAGAACUUGCUAGCUUGGACCAAGCUCUCUUUAGAGAGGAUGUGGGAGAUGCCACAGCUGAUAAACCACCUGCUGGCCCAUUCCUGGAGUAUGUAUAUCUGAGAGCAAUGGCCCCUGCUACCUUCACCUGAAAAGGCCAAGGGUGCUCCUUUGCCCCUUUCGCUAACAUACCAGGGAGUACCCAGGGACUUCAGGGAGUCCCUAACACCCAGUGCACAAUCUUUUCCUGCCACACCCAGUUCUCUGUACAUAUAGCCAUGUUUCAGGGGGGCGGCUGUUCCCCACUCUUAAAGGGCUACAUGCCCCCCUCCCAGCCCCUAAGGCAAGGAGGGGGGCUCUUCUCCCUCCUCUGGGCCGCCCUCUCCCUUUUAUGUCUCCCUCCCCCACCCAAUAUUGGCCUCUGUGGCCAUCCCUUCUUGCCCAGAGCCUGGAUGGGACAGAUGGUGCCAGGCUCUCACCAUGCUAAGGAAAGUAGGAGAUUACUACCAAUUUUCCUAAACUCCAGCACCAGGUUUUCAGUCUCCCAACUAAUAGAUGCUCCGUGGGCUCCCCAUCCAUUCUAGGGCCUCCCUUCAAGUGUGCUUAACACUCCCAUGGAACACACAGCUUUCUUCUGUCCCCAAGCAUUGGAGAAGUUCAGGAGCUUUCAGCUUUUGUUUGCCUGUUCUCUCCUUCCCUCCAUCCCUCCCCAAACCUGAAUUCCUUCCUGGGAUCUGCUCUCACCCCAGCCUCCACCCUCCACCUGCCUGACCCUGAAGUCUUGACCUCUUAUUUCAAUAAAGCCAUAGUGGGGAGAGGUCUUGAGGGUGGGCCAGCAGGCCCUGUUCUGCUCAUCCCCCACCAUCACCACGAUGCUUCCAGAGCUGGGACCUGGCCUUCUGAGUCUUCCCCUCCCCAACCCCUCCCCCCUGCUUCCCAAUAAACACAAAUACCCAUGGGCAGGGCGUGCACUGCCCUGCAGGAAAGCCCCCUUCUGGUUGGGGGCUGCAGAGGGGGUGUCAGAGACAAGAUCAAAGUGCCACACCAGAGAUUCCUCACGCCUCUGAACCCCAUUCUUACGCCCCUCCCCACUCUUCUUCCCAGUGCUGGACUCACCUUCAACUUCCUGGUGAGACAGCAAAUGGCGCUGGCACUUGGCUGGGGGUGGGGUGUUGAUUUUUGUUUUGGAAUAAAUAGCUGUUUUCCUGA